ACAACCCUAAGGCUUUUAUUAUGUGAUUGUGCGAGCUAAAAAUCCAAAUAUUCGACAGGUCUAGGUAAGUGAUAAGUGACAGCAGCGGCAAGGCGCCACAAACAGCUGUUCCAGAGCGGCCCACAAAAAUUGGAGGCAGUGCACCACGAGGAACUCCGCUUUCAGAGUUUGUUUACGUUCGCGAUUGCUUUGUUGCAAGGGAGGAGUGGGUGCUUGGGGAGGCCACUCAGUCAGGUGUCUGCGCAUUAUAUAAUGAUAUAUACACACACAUUCAUACACGAGUCUAGCGGCCAACAAAAGCAAACCGGAACGAAUCGGGAGGGAUAAGAUCGGAGCAGACAAAGAAAGGGAUCAGUGAUCUUGGCGCGAGUCAUGCAGGUCGAAUGCCACAAAAGUCAGCGCCACACGAGGCUGUGAAUAGACUCGCUUCGGGAUCGGGAUCUGCCAGCAGCUCAUUGCCUCGCAUGAGAAGUAGUCGCAACAGGUAGCGCCCACCGCAGGAUGACGGAAACCAGAGCUGCGGUGGCUUCUGGUGGCGCCGCCGGCACCGGCAGUGGCAUGGACGGACCCUCCUACAUACGCACCAUCGAGUGGAACAUGAUGAACAAGACCAAAUUCUUUCCGCUAUCGAUGCUCAGCUCCUUCUCGGUGCGCUGUUGCCUAUUUCCUCUGACUGUGAUCAAGACCCAACUGCAGGUCCAGCACAAGAGCGACGUCUACAAGGGCAUGGUGGACUGUGCCAUGAAAAUCUACCGCUCGGAGGGAGUACCUGGCCUAUAUAGGGGAUUUUGGAUAUCCUCCGUUCAAAUCGUAUCUGGGGUGUUCUACAUCAGCACCUACGAGGGCGUGCGUCAUGUACUCAAUGAUUUGGGCGCAGGCCACCGCGUCAAGGCACUCGUCGGUGGUGGAUGCGCUUCCCUGGUGGGUCAGACCAUCAUAGUUCCUUUCGACGUGAUAUCGCAGCACGCCAUGGUGCUGGGAAUGUCGGCUCAUGCCGGCGCAAAGGGUGAUAUUAAUCCGCUAGGCAUUAAAUCGUGGCCGGGUCGGAGCCGUUUCAACAUUUCAAUGGAUAUCGGGCGUGAGAUAAUGCGACGGGAUGGUCUGCGCGGAUUUUACCGCGGUUAUACCGCCAGCCUUAUGGCCUACGUACCUAACUCGGCUAUGUGGUGGGCCUUCUAUCAUCUAUAUCAGGACGAGCUUUGCCGCAUCUGCCCAAUUUGGGUGUCCCAUCUCUUCAUUCAAUGUGUGGCCGGUAGCCUGGGUGGCUUUACAACGACAAUAUUAACCAAUCCAUUAGAUAUAGUACGCGCCCGUCUGCAGGUCCACCGUUUGGAUUCAAUGAGCGUCGCUUUCCGAGAGUUGUGGCACGAAGAGAAACUUAAUUGCUUCUUCAAGGGCCUGUCCGCCCGCCUGGUGCAGUCGGCGGCCUUCUCAUUCAGCAUUAUCCUAGGUUACGAGACCAUUAAGCGCAUUGCCGUGGAUGAGCAGUACAAGCACCAGAUCCGUUGGUGAAGAACGCACAAACACCAGAAAAAAUAAAACCAACUCAAAACUGCAUUUACGCGACGUACUGAGAAACCACCAGCGGAACCACCAUUCGCCCUCUAUUGUAAAUAAAAAAGUUAGAAGGCUCAAAAGGAGCAAAAAGCACAGUUUGAAUAGUUAAAUUACCAGCGAUAGCGAAUUAUGGAAUCAUGGAUUGCGGACGCAUCGAGGAUGUACUUUUAGUAGCGUUUCAAUUAACUGGCAGUUAGGAUGUUCGAGCAACGCGAUUCAAUAUGCAAAUACCCAAAGUGUUGUACAUUAUUUUUGUUAUAAUUAGUCAUUUUAUAUAUAACAUGCGUAGAGGCCCAUCGGUUACAAGCAUAAUUUAUUAUACACAUAACUAUACCUGUACGUAAUUGAUGAUGAUGAUAAUGUUGAUAAUACUGUUGUUUAUAUUGGUAGCCCAAAUUACUUGUACGUUUACUAGCAGAGGAAUGUUUGCGCCAAACAUAAAACCAUAAACUGGACAUGCCGAAUUAGAAAUUAAAAUCGAAGCAGGGUCCCCCUCCAACGGGGCGGGUGGAACUAAUUUAGUUAAGCAUCCGUGUGUGUGUUCUUUGAAUGGAUAACUAGUUUUAGUUCGCAUUGUAAUAAAGUACAAACCAAGAAUUUUUACAUUUUUGGCCCUUUGAAA